AUGCUCAUGUACCAGCUUCUGGGCGGGUCCCUGAACCGGGGUCACGUACCGGGGACACCCGGCAACAUGUUCAACUACAGCGGGCCGCGCGGCAUCAAGGUCCGGGGCCAGCUGCUGCCGGAGGAGGUGGAGGCGGCCCGGGGCGACGGCUACCUUGAUGCAGUGCAUGCCGUGGUGGGGACUCCGGAGCUCAUCGCUGCGGCAAUGCAGAUGCCGGGCGGGGUGGAGAUCGUGCAGCAUGCCAAGCUGCUGGUCAUCGACGAGGCGGACGCAUGCGCCGAGGCAGCGACCAAGGCCCUGGACUCUGUGCUCAGCGCCGCCCUGGGACCUGCCAUCAGCCCACGCCCUGCGGUCGUGCUGGUGGGCGCCUCGCUGGUCGCCAGCGCCACGCCCCAGCUCUUCCGGACCCGGGGCUGGCUCAGGGACGAGCAGUCGGUGAUCGUCCCCGGCAGCGGGACGACGCCGCUGGGCCCGCCCGCCUCCGUGCGCCACCGCUACAUCGCGAUCGAGCGGAAAGAGCAGGCCCUGGCCACCCUCUGCCGCCAGCUGCAGGCCGACUACCAGGGGUCCGGCCCCGACGAGGCGCCGCCCCGCACCAUCGUCUUCGCGCCCAGCGAGGCGCAGGCGGCGGCCAUCGCGGACCCACUGCGCCGUGUGCUCUGGGGCGCGGCCCGGCUGUCGGUGCUGCUGCCCGGCGGCGCCGACGCGCUGCGCACGCUGAGCGCCUUCCGCGACGGCUCCGCCACGCUGCUCGUCACCACGCCCGCCGCGGCGCGCGGCCUGGACCUGCCCGCGGUGCAGGCGGUGUACUGCCUGGGCCCGCCGGCCGACGCGGCGCAGCACGCGCACGUGGUGGGGCGCCUGGGGCGGAUCGGCGGCGGCCCGGGGACCGCGACCAGCCUCGUGACCCCUGGGGCCGAGCUGGAGCAGCUGCGUGCCGUGGCGGCGGAGCUGGGGGUCCAGGUGGAGCCCCUGGCGGCGCCGGAGGCGGUGCCGCUGGAUCCCGAGGCGGGGGUGCAGCGCCUGCGCAAGGGCCUGGACGAUCUGUUCAGCAUGUACUGA